UCUUCUAAAAAAAAUCAAUUUCUUUCUCUGGUUUUUCUUGAUUUUUCUCGUUGGUUUUCUUCAAAAUUUUCUCAGAGGAAAUUAUAUAGAUUGUAUCGGAUAUGAGGAUCAGAAAAAGACCGGUUCAACAGCCCUUCUCUUCGAUUUCACCUCUUUCAUCAGAUCCCAACAUUAACCGGUCUCCGGUGGUGCAACACCCUCCACGGCGGCAGUCUCCUCCUCCGUCUGAUCAUCCAAACUACCCGAUCCGACGGAAGCAACCGGCCCAGGUCGGUGAUUCAUCCAUUUUCCCCGAAACAACAACAAUAAAAGCAAGACAUGGAAAGGAGCUGGAGAAGAAAGAAGAUGACUUGGUUUUGAAGCAAGGAGUAGAGGAGGAGAAGGGAGAAAAUGGGGAGGAGGAGAGCAAUUAUACUACCAGGAAGAAAAGUAUUCUUGGUGAGGGACUAGGAACCGAGUCUCUAUUCCAUCAAGGAGACAAGGCGUUUCCAUUGAAGAAGAAAAGAGGGAGCUCCGAAAGAACAGCACAGAAAGAUAACGAUAAUGAUAAUGAUAAUAAGAGUGGGAAGAAGAGAGGUCGAAACGGUGCGUUAAUGGAAGGUUCAAGGUGCAGUCGAGUUAAUGGAAGGGGAUGGCGGUGCUGCCAACAAACACUCGUCGGAUACUCGCUCUGCGAGCACCAUUUGGGGAAAGGGAAGCUGAGGGGUAUUACCGGUGUUAAAAGCCGACCGAAUGAUAUUAAUGCAGCGAAGGAGGGGGAUCGGAAGCCACCAUUGUCGAAACAAGGAAGUGAUGAGAAGCCAUCGAUGAAGCUGGGGAUGGUUAAAGCUCGAUCGAUGAGCAGUCUGCUAGGACAAAACGACGGUGGAAUUGCAGUUCAUGAUCGUGAUAAUUAAAACUGUUUCAAGAUUUUCGUUUUUUUAGAUGUUUGAGAUUCUCGAUAUAGCGAUGCUUUGUGUUGUUUUUUAGUGAUGUUAUGGAUGAUGGGAUUAAUGUUGAUUGAAACUGGAUGGAAUAAUUUUCUAGUUGAUUAAGUGGAAAA